AUGCUUGCCGCUCGACUUAUCGUGCAUGGCGGGCAGCUUUCUGUCUUUGCUGCAUCCUUCCUUGUAGCAAAAAGCGAAGAUGUCAAAUGUUUGUCUGAGUACUAUGAGGGGAGAGACGGCUUCAGAUCCGUACCUUUGAGCCCCUUGGUCUACACUCCAAUAGCGCACCGGCCAGACUGGUACUGGAAGCAAAUCUUCCAAAUGCGUGGUAUCGAUCCGGAGUCGGUUAAGUCGGGAUACACGGAGGCUUGGCUCGACUUUCUGUUUGCGGGGGCCCAGGAGGCGUUGACUCUUUGCUCGAUCUUGGGUGGUCACUACUGGGAUUGCAUCCUCGAUGUCCGGAAGGUCUACGAUCUUGCACGGGCCAGUGAAAAGUCCGCUUUUGCAGGGCGAUUGGCAGCUGUGUUCGGCGUUAAGCUUGCACAUGCACGAGACCAGUUGCCAGCCCAUCUUCGGCUUAGCCUGUGUGCUCCGGCCAGCUGUACCGAAGACCAGGUCAUCCAAGGCAUAUUCCCGCUGGCUGCUGAUAUGCUGAUGGGAGACAGGCCACAACGAAUGCUUGGCAACGCAAGUUUUCGGGACGUCGUAGUGGCCGACGAAGUUGCAGGUUGGCACGACUUUGACAUCGAUUUCGCUAUUGUCGGGGUCGACGGCUGUGGCACGACCUCUUUGAGGAAGAACAUGGAACUUCAUCCUGACGUCGUGAUCAAAGGUGAUGGGGAGGAAACCAUCUUGAGUUACGAGCUAGCCAACCGCUUGCUGCCCCUGAAAGCACAAGUUGAGGAGUACAAUGCACAGGUGCAGGAAAGAAUGACUGCGAAGUUCAACGAGACUGGACACCGACCGCGCGUAGUUGGUAUUGGAAAUCCCCUUCUUUUCCAAAAUGCCCUGGCCCGGAAAAGGUUGGCUUCGAUGCCACGCUUGAAGCUCGGAUCUCCAACUGCACCUUCAAGUGUGAAGGAAGUUUGUUGGGUAUGCAUUAGACUAUGA